CCAGAAUCAAAUACGCGACCGCGCUUAGGUGGCGCAUGUCCCCUUUUUUGUUCAUGGCUUUGAGGCAGUGUACUGACUGACGUUUCAUUACGGUACUCGCAUGGCCGAUGUGUGUGGUCUGAAAUUUAUAUUAAAUGUGGCAUCCUCUGUCUUACAAGUUUCAUCGUUAAGAAUUUCGAAGAGAGAUUAACAUAUAACAGAGUUUUAGGCACCGGAUUGAGAUCGAAUUAACUACGAGUUUCCUGAACGCUCAAAAAGCCAAACCAUGUCGAACGAGGAGACUUCGGCCGACCGCAAUGUGGAGAUUUGGAAAAUAAAAAAACUCAUCAAAAGCUUGGAAAUGGCUCGAGGAAAUGGGACUAGCAUGAUUUCAUUGAUCAUACCACCAAAGGAUCAAAUAUCCAGAAUAAGCAAAAUGUUAGCUGAUGAAUUUGGUACGGCAUCCAACAUUAAAUCCCGUGUGAAUAGAUUAUCUGUAUUAGGUGCAAUCACAUCCGUACAACACAGAUUAAAGUUGUAUACUAAAGUCCCACCAAAUGGAUUGGUAAUAUAUUGCGGCACUAUUGUGACAGAGGAAGGAAAAGAAAAAAAAGUUAACAUUGACUUUGAACCUUUCAAGCCCAUUAACACCUCCCUUUACUUAUGUGACAAUAAGUUUCACACGGAGGCCUUAACAGCCCUAUUAGCCGAUGACAAUAAAUUCGGGUUUAUAGUAAUGGAUGGUAAUGGAGCCUUAUUUGGUACACUCCAAGGUAACACCCGGGAAGUUUUCCACAAAUUCACCGUCGAUUUACCGAAGAAGCACGGCAGAGGAGGUCAGUCAGCGCUUCGUUUUGCCAGAUUACGUAUGGAGAAGCGGCAUAAUUACGUACGCAAAGUAGCUGAGGUUGCAACUCAACUCUACAUUACUAAUGAUAAGCCUAACAUUGCUGGGCUGAUUUUGGCUGGAAGUGCUGAUUUCAAAACGGAGCUUAGUCAGUCCGAUAUGUUUGAUCCUAGAUUACAAGCCAAAAUAAUUAAAUUGGUGGAUGUGUCGUAUGGUGGUGAAAACGGAUUUAAUCAAGCUAUUGAAUUAGCUGCUGAAUCUCUCCAGAAUGUGAAGUUCAUUCAGGAGAAAAAACUCAUAGGUCGUUACUUUGAUGAAAUAUCCCAAGAUACGGGGAAAUAUUGCUUUGGAGUAGAGGAUACCUUAAGAGCAUUGGAAUUAGGUAGUGUUGAAACCUUGAUAUGUUGGGAAAAUCUGGAUAUUCAGAGAUACGUUUUGAAGAAUCAUACCAAUGCCGAAGAAAAAGUCCUGCAUUUAACACCUGAGCAAGAAAAAGACAAAUCCCACUUCACGGACAAAGAAAGCGGAGUUGAGCUGGAACUAGUGGAAUGCCAACCCCUUUUGGAGUGGCUUGCAAACAACUACAAGAGUUUUGGAGCUACCUUGGAAAUCAUUACAGAUAAGUCGCAAGAAGGUUCCCAAUUCGUCAGAGGUUUUGGUGGAAUUGGAGGAAUCCUGCGCUACAAAGUUGAUUUCCAAUCACUCCAAGCUGAUGAGCCUCUUGACGAUGUUGACCUCGAUGAUUACUAACUUCAUCUGUCAAAUACUCAGAGUCAACCAGCUUGCAAUCUGGGAAAGGUGUUUUACGAUACAAAGUGGAUUUCCAAAGUAUGCAGCUGGAAGAUAUUGAAGUUGAAAGUUUCGAUCUAGACGAUUACUAAACUACCGAUAAAAACUCUCAGUUCUCUUAGCUUCCAGACUCACGCAAUUAUAACAAUAUCAGUUUCUCCAAUUUAAAAAAAAAAAAGGAAAAACUUGGUUGAAUGGUGAUCUCACCAAAUGAUGAAUCAAGUAUCAACGUGAUAUUAGCAUCAGUCAUCAUAUACAUAGGAUGUAAAAAACAGCAAGUAGAAAACAAUAACCUCGAGAUAAAUAUAUGGCACAUUUGAAAUAAUAUUAUCAUCUGAAAUUUAAUGAACAUCAAGCAGUUCUAGUUGGCGAAUGUACUAAACAGAAUGCGGUUAAUGCCAAUGGUCAAUGACUAAUCAAAUGGCCAGCCAGCUUGAAACCUGCCUAUUGUAUUAUUAAUACUUUGUCUUAUUAUAUUAGCCUUUUAAUUAUUCACAUGGAUUUAUUAAAAUUUUCUGCAAGUUACAGACGCUAAUUACAAUUGUACAGUAUAUAAUUUGGGAUAUGAUAAUCUUGUAUUAAAAUUGGUGUUUCGUCACUGUAUUCUAGCUCUUAUUAUGGAAUUGGUAACUGACCUAUGUAUGUAUGAUUGUAGCGUUAUUUUGAUUUAUAAACAAUCACGAUAAUAUGUAAUAAAUUGAUUAUUAUAAACACGA